GCCGCCCAUGAACGACUCUGACAGCGUCGUAUGAAAACGAUGACACCAAAACAAAACUUGGUGCUAAUCAUCCUUGUUUUGUCUGAGUACUUGUUUUGUCUCAGUUUCUAGUCAUCCUUAAAGUAACGCGUCCCUUCUUCCUUUCUCAGUUCUUCUCCCCCAUGCAUUAGGGUUUAAUUUAUAUUAUUUAGUUUAAUGUAUUCGUCCAGAGCGACGAAUGCCUACGGGCAGCAACUCUACGGCGGCCAAUCUGGAUACGCCCAAAAUCCAGGGGCUGGUUAUUCUGGUAGCUCUGUUGGAGGACCCGAUGGGGGAGCUCAAAUGUCCUUGUCUUCUCGGCACUCAUCGAUUCUAGGUAGUGCUCAAGAAGCAGAAGUUGGUGGUUACAGAGCCCUUCCUUCAGUUUCAGCUCAUUAUGGGGGGGCGUAUAGCUCCAUAUAUGGCACAACUGCUUUGAGUGCUACUCAUCAGGUUCCUGCAAUAAGUUCCAAAGGGACUGGAUUAUCAGCUUUGGAAGCUCGUAGUGCUUAUACCUCAGCUAUGCCAGAUUCACCAAAAUUUGCAUCUGCUGACUAUGUUUCAUCAUCAAGUCACAGUUAUAGUCACAAAGGUGAUCAAAUGUAUGCAAAGAAGAUUCCUGACUAUGCUACAGUGGAGAGAAGAGAAUAUGGAGAACGACAGGGUGGUUAUCUGGGGAGAGAAUUGCCUAGUGAGCCAACCGGAAGAUAUGUUGAUUCUGCUAUUUUUGGUCAUCAGCAUCAGUCUGAGAUAUAUGAUCAUCUUGAUCAAGCUGUCUUGCUUCGACAAGAGCAAUUAGUCAAAGCUCAAUCAGCCUCUCUUGAUGGUAGUUCAAGACAAGCUGAUUAUCUUGCAGCAAGGAGUGCUUCUAGUCGUCAUUCUACCCAAGAUCUUAUGCCUUAUGGAGGAAGAAUAGAUGCUGAACCCCACAGUUUGUCAUUGCUUAGUUCUUCUUCUUCGUAUGGUGGACAACCUCCAUCAAUUUUAGGGGCAGCUCCAAGGAGAAACGUGGAUGAUCUCAUGUAUCCACCUAAUUCAGCAAAUCCUGGUUAUGGAGUGAGCCUACCACCUGGUAGAGAUUAUGGAACAAAAGGGCUUCAUGUUACAUCCCUUGAGUCUGAAUAUUCGGGUAGUACAUUGUCACGCAGUGGUCAUCCUAGGAUUGAUGAACGAAAGGAUCACAGGGCCGGUUAUCUUCAGGAGUUCGAGCUGAGAGAGGAGGAGCAUUGUCGGGAGCAUUUGCGUGAAAGAGAGAAAGAAAGAGAGAGGGAAAGGGAGCGGGAACGAGAACGACUACGAGAACGAGAAUGGUUGCGCUUCUUGGAGCGACGUGAGAAGGAAAGAGAGCGGGAGAAGAAGAGAGGACGAGAGUGCAAGCGUGCACUUGAAGUUAUGCGUGAAGGAACACCAAGAAUUUCUAGGGACCACCGUGGUUCCUCUUUGACAAAAGAGGCUCGACCUGUGAGGCGAGACUCCCUGUGUCGUGAAGUUUCCCAUAGGCAUCAUUCACCUGUUAAAGAAAAAAGGAGAGAAUAUGUCUGCAAGGUAUAUUCAUCCACCUUGGUAGAUGUAGAGAGAGAUUAUCUGUCAAUUUAUAAGCGAUAUCCCAGACUUUUUGUAUCUCCUGAAUUUUCUAAGGUUGUUAUAAACUGGCCAAAGGAGAACCUUAAGCUCUCUAUGCAUACUCCUGUCAGCUUUGAGCAUGAUUUCAUUGAAGAAGAUAGUUUAGCUGAAUCAAAAGAACUUUCCAGCAAGCUUUUGCCUGUUGAAUCUGAAAAGUCUGAACAAGGAAGUACAGUGUGGAAUGCAAAGAUGGUUUUAAUGAGUGGAUUAAGCAAGAGUGCUUUGGAAGAGCUGUCAUCUGAAAAUAUCCCUGAUGACUGUAUACCACAUAUUUGCAAUAUUCUAAGGUUUGCUGUUCUUAAAAAGGAUAAUUGUUUCAUGACAAUUGGCGGGCCUUGGGUUUCUGCUGAUGGAAGUAACCCAACUGAUGACGAGUCUUCUCUAAUUCGAACAGCCCUUAGGUAUGCAAAGGAUGUAGUGAGUCUUGAUUUGCAGAACUGUCAGCAUUGGAAUCGUUUCAUUGAGAUACAUUAUGACAGAGUUGGCAAGGAUGGACUGUUUAGCCAUAAAGAAGUCACUGUACUGUUUGUUCCAGAUUUAUCGGAAUGCCUCCCUUCAUUUGAUACAUGGCGAUCCCAAUGGCUAGCUCAUAGGAAAGCUGUUUUCGAGAGAGAGCAGCUGCUUUCUUUGAAAGGAGAGAAAGCAAAGGAGAGGAAAGAAGGAUCAAAAGACAAUGUAGUAGAUUCUGCAAAACACAUGGAAAGAGGCAAAUUAGAAAAAAUGAGUCAGUCUGCAUUCUCUAGUCAUGGGAUAUUUGCUAACAAAAAGGAGGAAGAUAGCAACUGUUUUGAAGGAGAUGCAGCUGAAGGAAAGGUUAGUAGGGGUGAAACUAAAGUUGAGGUAAAAGAUGACAGUGAAAUAACUGUGGGAGGAGGUCCCGAGAAUAAGGAAAGUGGAAAAGCAGCUGCUGUUAAGACAGGUGCCGUGAAGUCUGUGAAGAAAAAGAUUAUAAAGAGGAUUGUCAAACAGAAAGUUGCUAAUAAGACAGCUGCCGAAGUGAAUACUGCUAGCAAACAAAGUGACAAGGUUGACAAAGAUGGUGGAGAGCAGAAUACCAAAUCAGAGGUUGCCAGUCAACAGGAAGAAUCUUCUGCUGGUCGUGCUGGGGUUGGAACAUUUGUACGGAAAAAAAUUACAAAAAAGGAGGCAGUUGGGAAAACUGAUCAGAGUGAAGAUAAUGGUGUUCCCAUUGAGGAAAAAGUGGAGAUAGAAAUGGGGUGCCCUGAAGAUAAACCAAAGGAUAAUUCAGAUGCCAGUGCUGUAGCUGUAGAAAAUGCCAGUGUGAAAACAACUGUAAAGAAGAAAGUUAUUACGAGGGUGCCUAAAACAAAGGUUCCUACUACACAAGCUAAGGAUGAAGUAGCUGAAAUUGAGAAAGAUGGUGAUAAGGAUGAAAAGUUGGUUCAAGCUGGAAGUGAGACCUCAAAUAUAGGUAAGCAAACAGGUUUAGAGAAACAAGGUAAUGCUGCAAGUUCAAGUAAAUCAGAAAUCAAGGCUGACAAGCAAAAGAUUAACAUGAACGAUAAUUAUGACAUCAAGGGGGGAAAAUCGAAAGAGGGGGAAAAGCCAAAAGAUGAGAAAGAGGACAAAGACAGUAAAGAUGAAUCCCAAGGCAAUCAUAACAAGGACUUGAAAGAAAAGAGGAAGUCUGAAGAGCCUCCUCCGAGGCAUCCUGGAUUGAUUCUACAAACAAAGUGGAGCAAGGAUUCUAAAUUGCGUUCAUUGUCACUUUCUCUGGAUUCACUUUUGGAUUAUACUGAUAAGGACAUUGAAGAAUCAACAUAUGAGCUUUCAUUAUUUGCAGAGGUGCUAUAUGAAAUGCUUCAAUAUCAAAUGGGUUGCCAUAUUUUAACAUUUCUCCAGAAGCUGCGUGUAAGAUUUAUGACAAAAAGAAAUCAGCGUAAGAGGCAACAGGAAGAAAUCCGUGAGAAGGAAACUGAGAAUAAGUCACCAACAAAAAGAUUGAAAGGCAAUGAGCUCCCUGUGAAAAAUGAAUCUACUAAAUCAGACACAUCAAGGCAAGCUCAGCGGGAGGAUGAAAUGAUUGUGACCAAGGAAGAAACCACUGCUGAUCAUGUUGAGGAGUCAAAGACAAAAGAUGAAAUAGAUGAUGAAUAUCAGGAGGAAGAUCCUGAUGAAUAUGAAGCAAUGGAUGACGCAGGUCCACAACCCAAUUCCUCUUAUGAGAAAAAUGAAGAAGAGAAGACAGUUACAGAUGCUAAGCCCGAAAAGGAAGCUGAGAAGGAUGAAGCAGGGGAAUCCUCCAAAGAGGAAAUCACCACAAAAGCUGCUACUACAGAGCCUGGGCCUGAGGGAGAUAGGUCUGCAAAGUGGGAGCUGAAAGUUGAUCCAAAGAAGGAGCAUACUAUCAAUAAGGAUUUGUUGCAGGCUUUUAGGUUUUUUGACCGGAAUCGAGUUGGCUACAUUAGGGUUGAAGAUAUGCGGUUGAUUAUUCACAAUUUGGGGAAGUUUCUCUCUCAUAAGGAUGUUAAAGAACUUGUGCAAAGUGCUUUGUUAGAGAGUAACACAGGAAGGGAUGAUCACAUUCUUUACAAUAAGCUGGUUCGUAUGUCCGGCAUAUGAGAGCUUCUUGGGUACAAUGAUCUUUUUAACCUUUUUAACAUGCGAAAAAACCAUGGGGUCCGAAACCAAUUAGCAGUAUUUUAGCCAAUAAAUAGUCGGGUAUAUCUGAUGACUGGUGAUAAUCCUUGUGAUUUAACUAUGGGUAUGACAUGUCGGUUCAACUUAUUUGGUUAAUGUAUUUGGCUUGUUGGUUUUAAAUUGGAGGGGGGGGGGUAUGUAACUGUCACGUUAGUCUUUGUCAUUGGUCUGGUCUCUUAUCCUAUUUUGGUAUAUAAAAAAGGAGGAGAAUCGUCAAUGCCAAGGCAACAACAUGGGAUGGGUUCCUCCUGGACCUGGAUUAAAUUAUGAUGAGAAAAAUACCCAUGAAUGAAGAUUGUUACACAUGGGAACGGUACAUAUGAACCUUAUGGUUCAGUAACAAUGUGAAUAAUUGAUUGGUCGUUUGAGGU